AUGAACUGGUCGGGGGCGUGGCUUCCUCUCACCUGUGUCAGGAAAAGGCUGGAAGCUGGAGUGACAGGUUUGCACGUGGCGCUUGGUCAUGCCAGGAUGUUAGAAGAGACGUCACUCAAAGCCAGUCACCAUGGAAACUCUAGAGUAGGCCCCAGAGGAAGUGAUGAAGACAGACAAGAGAUACAAACAUGUGUUGAUACGAACCACCAAAGUGGUCUCUACCUACAGUCCUCUGAGACCUGCUGUCCCACGAGAUGCUUUCAACAUGAUGAUUUGAAUGAGUUCUCUAAUGAGUGGUCGUUCAUUGGAGACGUGAGCGAAGAUGUUUCCUUCUCUCUUGAGGGCUGCGUCAAGCUGGAGAGGAGGUGGAUGCUGUGGUAUGAAUUCAAGAAAGAACUCUCCAGCUUGGAUGACUGGCUUCGAUCAGCUGAGAAAAUGGCAGCGUCCCCAAACUCCAGCCAUGUGCUUUAUGUUACAGCAAAAGAGGAGUUACAAAAGUAUGAGAACCUGCAUGCAGAGGCCAGGAUGCGGUUAAACCAGCUGGACGGCCUGACUCAGAAGAGUCGAACUCUGGUCGGCCUGUUUAGAGGUACUAUGGGCACACGGCUCGUAGAAAUGAUGAAGGACUGCGGACACCGCUGGGAUCAGCUCAGUAACACAGUAGAGACUGUGCGCCGCAGGUUAAAGCAUUUGGUGUGCCAGCGGGAGGAUUUUGAGAGGCAGAGGGAAGAGAUGGCAGUGUGGCUGGCUGACAUGGACCUCAGACUGACUGAAGUGGAGCACUUCUCAGGCAAAGACACCUGCUCAAAGAUGCACCAGCUUCAGGGGUUUCAAGAGGCGGUUGGAGAGAGUGCAGGUAAACUGAACGAUUUACUCCAGCAUGGAGAAGAGCUUAUCCAAAGGAGCGAGCCGGCGGACGCCCAGGCCAUCGAGAGCCAUCUGCAGGAACUCCUGCUCCACUGUGCCCGUGUCUUUCAGGGCCUGGGCCGCCUGCACACACGCCUGCUCAGCAUGAGACUGGUUUUCGAAGAGGACUGGGCUCUGUGUGCCCCGGACUCCGGCUGUCCCUCUGAGAGUAUGCUGGAGGAUGAGUGUUUUUUAGAGCGCACCAUGCCGCCUCAGUCUCAGGCCUGCCUUCCUCAAUCCAGUCAAGAUCACCAGGUUCUGGAGUGGGACCCUUCGGUGGACAUUGGUCGGUCAAUCUCCCGGGAUGACACGGACUCGUCCUCCUUCAGUGCUUCUGCAGAUGAACUAGCCAAAUAUCCUCUGAGAAGGAGAGUCUACAAGAGUCCUGUGGACUCGCAUUCAGACAUGGCAUCUGUCAGCUUCAAGCAGCCAGGCGUUGAGAACAGCUUAGAGCGUGUGGCCCCACCCCAGAUGCCAGUGCCAGUCAUCAGAGCCAGCAAGCCUCAGUACGCCAAACAAUUUAAGACCUCAACACCUGAAACUAGGUCUCCUGAGCAUGUGACCUUUGACCCUGACCGCAUCAGCGCUUGGCUAGGCCAGACACAUCAACUUUGCUCUAAAGCCGUCCAGACGGAGCAUGUUUCACAGCCUCGCUCCAGUUUUUCAUCUCUGCCUUCCGGAAAGGAGGAGGAGGAGGGAGUUGAUUACCAGGAGAACGAGCUCCUCCAGAGACGCCCCCACCCACAGCAAACUCUACACACAUGCUACAACCUCUGCCCAUCCUCAUCAUGUGACCCAUGUCACGAAGACCCACAGAGGCAGCAGGAGAGACUUUCUUUCCCCGACUCAUUGGAGGACAACACCUGUGCAAAGUCGAGUCGUGGCCCGAUUAAACCGAAGACCUCUACUAGCAGCUUAUGGCAAAGAGCCCCCUGGCAGUUGUGUCCCCUGUGGUUUUUUGUCAUCCUUUUUGCCCUCCUGCUUGCUGUGACGAUCUGGUACCUCAUUUCAGUCCACGAUCACUCAUGUCAUCGGUCCAAUACCCUGACCCGCUCAUUUCACCUGGCCCUACAUUAUAAAGGACCCCCUCCCACCUGAGGACACAAACCGCAACAAUUACAGUACAGUAAUUACAGUAAGAGUUUAAUAAGCACAUAUGGGGUUGUUUUUAGGGUUUUCCUUUUUUUUUUCUUCCAUGAAAAUGGAAUGGGUCUGAAAGUUUUGCUAUAUGUUUGGCUGCAUGGCCAGCACAUCAUAGAUACAUUGCCUAAAGAUGGUCUUAUAUAAUCUAUGACUACUGUCCACAUGCUUUAUAUAUGGUUGGACUCAGGCCAUCAAAGCCUGUGAGUGCAAACCCAUGUAACAAGUGCACUUAAUUCUGCUCUGACACUAAUUUUCUCACAAUGUCAAAGUGAGUAGUAUAAAAUGUAAACGAUUUGAUAGCUCUGGAAGCAUCACUAUUUAAAACUUGUUUACUUGAUUUAUUUUGACUGAAAAUUAAGGAUUUAUUGGCCAACCAUUAUUUAUAAGUUUGUUAGAGGCAGAUUAUGACGUGUGUGUGUGUGACAGAGAGAGAGAGAGAGAGAGCAUUUGCUUCAAGAAUUUUUGUUUAAAAAAUAUUGCUGAAAAUGUUGAAGUUGAAGCCAAUUUUGUACAGAGAGAGAAUGAAACUGAACACAAUACACAUUUGAUCAAGAACCGCUGUAUUAUAUGCUGUAAUCACGAUAGCAUUUUUAAAAUGGGCAUUCUGCACUGGAUUAAAUAUUUUGCAUCGGUCCAAUGAAGAAGACCCAACCAGGCUUUAAAGCAAAUCCUUGUGCACAUCAAGGAUCACUUUUGCACUGUUGUCCAUUUUUAAUGACUUCUAUAAUAAAAGAGAUGAGUGAAAACAAGUGGUUGGCUGUGGAUGGUGACACGGAAUGAGUGAUUCUCAUUGGGGGGAAGCAGUCAGUGCCUUUCUCUGUGUAUCUGGUUGGUGGACUUGCUGAAAGAAGGUUUUGUGCUGCUGCCAGGGAAGAACACUCAAAGAGAUUAUGAAAGAAUGUUUCAAAUUUCAAUUUGCACACAAAUGGUCUUAGUUGGAAACGUCUGCAGAUGGCCUUUCAACCUCAUCUCUGUCUGCUCAGAGCUCUUCUGAGUUCUGUAGUCAACACUGCAGAAAACCAAGUGUUCUGUGCAUGCAUUGCAAGCAAGCCUGUCUUUUGUUUGAUGAUGAGUUUAUUUACUUGGCAGAAGCAAAAGCGGAGUCUCAAAUUGAACCAUAUACCUCUGCGAGCCUAGAGCCCAUAAACCCCAAGCAAAUAAAUUGUAGUAUCACCUGAGGACAACAUGAACAAACAGGGGGCGUUCUCUAGCAAUAAAACCUUUAGAGGAAAUAGCUUUUUCUGAACUCUGCCGAAGCAUUGAAGGUCAGUGCUGCUGUUAUAACUUUGGUAAUUGCUGAUAUGAAGAGUGUUUGGAUUGGGUGGAAAGGGGAUUAUGCGGUAAUAGUUUCUAUGAAAGACGACAGAGGAGAGCUUUUUAAUGUCAUGAUCCUGAUCCUUUAAUUGCCUGAACCAAAUGUUUUUUGUUUUUUUUAAAUAAAUGUAAAUGCAUUUUAAUUUUGGCUCCUAACUCCCCAGUGUCCGUUAUAUGUGGCAUUACAAAUUGACACGGCAGAUUUGUAUCAGAAAAUGACAAAAAUGUGAGUUGGGACAACCUGACUCUGAUUAGGCAGCAUCACUAACUCAGUUUUGCAAUGGUUACUCUGAAUUAAUAUGAUGCCACUGACCACAACAGGCCUUGCCUAUGUCAGGGGAAUUGCUAUGCUUGAGAACAGAGGGAGCAUUUUGUUUUUGCACCAUUCAGCUGAAAUGUGGCCGAACUAAUCCUGAAGACCCAGCCAUUUGAAUGCCUUUGUAUUUCAGAAUGUUAGUAACACAACACCAUUAACCAUUCCUGUAAACAACAUGACACACAGUAUCUGACAAGUUUGGAGAUGUAAACACUUUUGGUUGUAUUUCAAUUUUCAGUUUGUGCACUUGCGUGUUCUUACAGUGUACUUGCCUAUAAGAAAGUGAUAUAAGGUAACUAUGUGGGGUAUAGCUUCAGAGUCAGGUUCUAAAUCUAUUUAUUAACCAGUUGUUGCAUGCCAACAGGACUGUAUAAUAAAAU